AUGGACAUUAAAAACGGCAGUGAGGUAACAGAAUUCAUCCUCCUGGGGCUCACAGGUCGCCCAGAACUCCAACGCCCCCUCUUUGUGCUGUUCCUGGCCGUUUACCUUGUCACGCUCCUCGGCAACGCGGGCAUGAUCCUGCUCAUCAGGCUGGACGCUCGUCUCCACACUCCCAUGUACUUCUUUCUAACCAACUUAGCCUUUGUGGACUUGUGCUACACCUCCAACGCAACCCCCCAGAUGCUGACUAACUUCCUAUCCGCGAAGAAGACCAUCUCCUUUGCUGGAUGCUUCAUACAGUGCUAUUUAUUCAUCGCACUUCUCCUCACGGAGUUUUACAUGCUGGCGGCAAUGGCCUACGACCGCUACAUGGCCAUCUGCCACCCACUGCGCUACAGCGUGAAAAUGUCCAGGAAAGUCUGCCUCUGUUUGGCCACAUUCCCUUACGUCUAUGGCUUCUCAGAUGGUCUCUUCCAGUCCAUCCUGACCUUCCGCUUGAACUUCUGUAGAUCCAAUAUCAUCAAUCACUUCUACUGUGCUGACCCACCCCUCAUUAAACUCUCCUGCUCUGACACUUACAUCAAAGAACACGCCAUGCUCAUCUCGGCUGGCUUCAAUCUCUCCACCUCUCUCACUAUCAUCCUGGUGUCUUACGUCUUCAUUAUUGCGGCCAUCCUCAGGAUCAAGUCAGCAGAGGGAAGGCACAAGGCUUUCUCUACCUGUGGUUCCCAUGUGAUAGCUGUCACCCUAUUUUAUGGGACACUCUUCUGUAUGUAUAUAAGACCACCCACAGAUAAGAAUGUUGAGGAAUCCAAAAUAAUAGCUGUCUUCUACACCUUUGUAAGUCCGGUGCUUAAUCCUUUAAUCUACAGUCUAAGAAACAAAGAUGUAAAACGGGCCUUGAAGAAUGUCCUUGGACGAAAAGUGUCCACUAAUGUGACAGUGCCUCCGUUCUCCAGUAAACCUUAA